AUGGAAGAAGAGGAAGACGUGUCGCCACCCUUUUGGCUGCAAAACGGCGGCGCCGACAGCCGUCUCUGCCGCUCAUACUCGCUGUUUCUCAGCUCCGGUGCACUUCUCGUAUGCCUUGUGGUGGUUGCACUUGCAUUCACCUUGAUCAUUGUUCCUACAUUGCACUCUUUCAUUUCCCACGUUUUCAAACCCCACUCCGUGAAGAAGAGUUGGGACUCCCUCAACUUCGUGCUUGUUCUCUUCGCCAUACUAUGUGGUUUCCUCAGCAGGAACACCAACGAUAACGAAACCCCACGUUCCUACGACACGACACAAGAGUACGAGAAACCCAACUCGGAAACUCCACGAUCAUGGUACCACUACUCGGAUCAAAAUCCAUCGUAUAAAUCCUACAGCCGGUUGAGGAGUUUCAACUCCUACCCGGAUCUCCGGCAAGAGUCGCCGUGGCUCGCCGCAGAUGAACGGUGGCGAUUUUACGACGAUACCCACGUUAACGGUUACCGGAAGCAGAGACCGGAGGCCAGAGAAGAAGAAGAAGAAGAAGAGGGUGUUAAGAACAUAGAAGUGGACGUAGCAAAGGAUGUUCCCACUGCGCCGCUACGACCGGCGUCGACACCGCCAGCUACGACGGAGAAGAGGAGGAGUGGGGAACAUAAGAAUAGAAGAGCAAGUGCAAGUGCAACAACUAAAGAGUUUUUGGCAUCGUUGAAGGGAAAGAAGAAGAAACACAGACACAGAAGCGUUGAAAAUUUUCAAACCAUUCAAAAUUCUGAAUUUUCUACUCUGCCUUCACACCCUCCACCGCCACCGCCUCCGCCUCCGCCGCCGUCAUCAGUAUUUCACAACGUGUUUUCUUCCAAGAAAAACAAGCACAAGAAACUUAACUCUGCUUCGCCGCAGCCACGUGAUCAUGUUUCAUCCAUGCGUGUAUCCAAAACCGAACCGUUUCAUGGGGGUGUGGCUACCCUUAAACCCCGGUUAUCAAAUAAGAGAGAGGAAUUAGAUGCCUUGGAAGAAAAUGUGAUUACUACUGGUAAUGAGUCACCUUUGAUCCCGAUUCCGCCACCUCCGCCGCCGCCGCCGUUCAAAAUGCCGGCGUGGAAGUUCCGGGUGCAGGGUGAUUUUGUUAGAAUAGAUAGCAUUAGUAGCUCGAGUAGUGGUUCGCCAGAUUUAGAUGAUGAAAUUGUGGAGUCACCAACGGGUGAAGAUGAUGGAGAACCUGCAAUUCUAUUGUUGUAUCCUAGUUCUGAUGUUGAUACCAAAGCUGAUACUUUUAUUGAAAGGUUCAGAGCUAGUUUAAGGAUGGAAAAGCAGGGGAUAGGAAGGUCUAAAUCCAAUCUAUGUCCUCCAUCGAAACCGGAAACCAAAUAA